AUGUCGCAACAACAGGAUGAUAAUGUCAUGCGAAGGAAGCUUGUGAUUAUUGGUGACGGUGCUUGUGGAAAGACCAGUCUCCUCAGUGUCUUCACCCUCGGGUACUUCCCAACAGUGCCGACGGUAUUUGAAAAUUACGUGACGGAUUGCCGAGUCGACGGCCGCUCAGUCCAAUUGGCACUGUGGGAUACAGCAGGACAAGAAGAUUAUGAGCGCCUGCGACCAUUGGCCUAUUCGAAGGCUCAUGUCCUCCUAAUUGGGUUUGCAAUGGAUACUCCAGACUCACUGGAGAACGUGAAACACAAGUGGAUCGAUGAAGCAAACGAGCGAUGCCCCGGUGUGCCGAUCCUUUUGGUUGGAUUAAAGAAGGACCUCCGCGAAGACCCAAUGGCUAUUGAAGAAAUGCGCAAGAAGUCUCUAAAGUUCGUGACGACAAAAGAGGGCCAUGAUAUUGCGGUAUCAAUUGGGGCUCGCAAAUAUCUUGAAUGCUCAUCUCUGACCGGCGAGGGUGUUGAUGAUGUCUUUGAGGCAGCUACCCGUGCUGCGCUUCUCACUUUUGACAAGCGGAAAAGUUCAUGCUGUGUAGUUAUCUGA